CUGCGCCUUGCGGCUACCGCCGCUCUUCCGUGUCGGCGUGCCGCGCGGGGCAGAACCGUAGGGGCGCUGUGUUGCCGCCGCCUGGUCUCGGUUCGCUGUGUGAACCUUGCUUCCCGGAUACCCUCAAGUCUCUCAGCUCCCGACUUUUCGCUCUAGAAGGCCCUGGCCGAGCGCCGCUGUGUUGAAAGCCACCCCCCUUCUCCCCACAAAGCAGUGUCCUGUGCUAAAGGUACUGAUUAGGAUGAAUGUGAUUUGGAGAAAUUCUGUUUCCUGUCUAAAGAUAAGAAAGGUGCCGCAUAGAUACCAAAGUGGCAAUCACCCAGUGGCCCCUCUGGGAUCAAGGAUUUUAACUGACCCAGCCAAAGUUUUUGAACACAACAUGUGGGAUCACAUGCAAUGGUCAGAAGAAGAAGAAGAAGCAGCUAGAAAAAGAGUAGAGGAAAAUUCAGCUGUGCGAGUCCUUCUGGAAGAACAGGUUAAGUAUGAGAAUGAAGCUAGUAAAUAUUGGGACACAUUUUAUAAGGUUCAUAAGAAUAAGUUUUUCAAGGAUCGUAAUUGGCUGUUGAGAGAAUUUCCUGAAAUUAUUCCAGUUGAUCAAAAAACUGAAAAGAAGAUGCAAGAAUCAUCGUGGGAUAAUGUGAAAACUGGUGCUGCAGAUUGUUUCUCAAGAACGCACUGCCCUACUCCGACUGAAGAAAACAAUCGUAGCAGGAAAAGUUGUGGGUCGUCAGAUUGUCCAAGCAAAGUAGGAUCUCAUUUUUCCAAGCUAGACUCUAAAGAACACAGCUAAGGACCUCUGAAGACUGAGCUGUUUCCUGGAAGCAGUGCCACUUUCAGGAUCCUUGAGGUUGGCUGUGGUGCUGGAAAUAGUGUUUUUCCAAUUUUGAACUCUUUACAGUAUGCUCCGGAGUCCUUUCUUUAUUGCUGUGAUUUUGCUGUUGGAGCUGUGGAACUAGUAAAGUUGCACUCGUCCUACAGAGCAGCUCAGUGCUGUGCCUUUGUUCAUGAUGUUUGUGAUGAAGACUCGCCCUACCCUUUUCCAGAUGGGAUCCUGGACGUCAUUCUCCUUGUCUUUGUGCUCUCUUCUAUUCACCCUGACAGGAUGCAAGGUGUUAUAAACCGACUGUCCAAGUUACUGAAGCCUGGGGGAAUGCUGUUAUUUCGGGACUAUGGAAGAUAUGAUAAGACUCAGCUUCGUUUUAAAAGGGGGCAUUGCUUAUCUGAAAAUUUUUAUGUUCGAGGAGAUGGUACCAGAGCAUAUUUCUUUACUAAAGGGGAAGUCCACAGUAUGUUCUGCAAGGCUGGGUUAGAUGAGAAGCAAAAUCUGGUUGAUCGUCGCUUACAAGUUAAUAGGAAAAAACAAGUGAAAAUGCACCGAGUGUGGGUUCAAGGCAAAUUCCAGAAACCAUUACACUUGACUCAAAAAACCUCCAAAUUGGUAUUGUCACUCCUUUCUGAUGGCUGAGUUCUGUACCAUGGUAAGGUACAAACCAGAGGAUUACAGUGUUUAAAGACUUCUGUAAAUCUUUCAUUUUUAAAAGGGAAGACAGGAGAAUUUGUCUAUCCUGCUGUUUAUCGUGGGUGAGCUCUUUUUGUUCAUUUUAAGCACUUGUAAAUGAUUUGGAAGAGUAUACCAUAUUCUGUGUUUUCAAAACAAUAUGCUCAAGCUUGUUUGGGUUUAUUGUGUCUAACCAUUUUGUUUGUUCUUUGAAUUUUAUAAGCAUUCAAUUAAAUGACUGAUAUAAAUCAGA